AUGCUCGGGUUUUCUGAUGGCGAGUUGAUGAGGUCAGAUGCAAAACCGUGUUCACAACUGAUGGGCCAAACCGCUGCCGUUUUUUCAUUUGGUGGAGCACUCGGCUUUUGGGUCCUCUGCCGCCUGCAUUAUGGUCCUAGAAUAACAAAUCCUCGUAGUCUGAGGUGGGCUGCUUGUGGAGCUGUCUCUAUGGGUGCAACCACAGCUAUGCUCGUUCGCCUCUUCAGUCCUGAAUGCGAGCCCCAAAAUAUUGCUGCUUAUGACCAAAAUAAGUGA